AUGGCGCCGCUCCUCGCGGCCGUGUUCGACGCCGACGUGCUCACCUCGCACGCGGAGCACGACCUCGCAUCCCUCGGCGCCGCGAUCGUCGCUAUCGCGUCGUCGCGUAACGACAAAGCUAGCAGCAGUAGCAGGCCAGCACGGCCCCCGACACCGGGGGACGCCGCGCCGUCCCUCCCCUCGCCGCCGCGCCCGCCUAGUCCCUCCAGCCCGGCCACCUCGGCCUCAGCGUCCGGAUCCGACACCGACACCGACGCCGACGCCGACGCCGACCCGCUCGCGCUGCGCCUCGCGUGUGCGGCGCCUGCUGACAAGUUCGAGCACGAGAUGUACGCCGUCAUGGGCGUCGAGUACGCGCGUCUCAGCGUGCUCGUCGACCAUGGCAUGGUUGCCCCCAGCCGGUUUUAGCACGACGCGCACGACAUUGUGCUCGCUGCAUCUAUUUGUGUGUACGGUUAUACCCCUGGACAUUUGCCACCCUUAUCGGCGCGACUUCGCCACUUCCAUCACCAUUGACCUUUCCGCCACGGAACUCUCAACACCACACCACAUAGCACAAUCAAUCAUCACAGCCAGCCAUUCGCCCCACUCCCACCACCGCAAUCAACAUAUAGUCACAUGCUAGCUAGUGUAAUGCAAUAGUGUGUGUGUGUGGGUGUGUGGGUGUGCGUGAUAGUACCUGAUGAGACGAGAGAGAGAGAGAGCGAGAGAGCGAAAGACCCGAGUAUGACCGACCGAGAAGACCAAAUACCAAAGAAAGAAAGAACCAAAUGACCAAGAUGAUAUGCGGGCGUAACGAGGCGUGAUUGAUUGAUUGAUUAGCGAGACGGCGUAACCGAGCUCAGUGGGGCGGGGCGGCGGCCGUGUCGUCUGACACGACGGACGCGGUCGACACAGCCGUGGGGGUCGGCAGCUGGGCGCCGUCGUCCUCGUCGUCCGCGACGACCGCAACGUUGGGCCCGACCGACGCGGGGAGGACAAGACUCGGCGGGGUGACCUUUGGCCGGAACUCGUCGCGGCCGCUCAGGCGGCGGCGCGACUGCGCCACCGCGGCGCUGCUGCCCGUGUAGUGGGGGCUCGUGGCCCACCCGCCCGGCGGGGGCAGGAGGCCGAGCAGCGAGUUGUGGGGCACUGAGCCUCUGCGGGCGAGGAGCGAGGGCGGGAUGGGCGCCGGCAGCGGCGCGUGCGCGAACGCUAUCGGCCCGCCACGGCGGGGCUGCGCUGGCGCUGGCGGAAGAUACACUUGGCCCGAGAAGCGCGGCGACGCAGGCUGCUGCAGCAGCGCGGUUGCUGAGGUCGCUGGCACGCUGACCGGGCGCAGGCUCGGCGAGAGGGACAGCGUCGGGAGCGCCGGCGUCGAUCCCGUCGCCACUGGCUGCGGCCGGCGGAGGACGGCUUCGCGGCUCUGCUGCUCGGGCCUGUCGGGUCCCGGAAGCCCAGCGGCCAAGCGAGAGAUCUGGCCGCUGGCAAUGGACCCGCGCCGGCCGAGCGGCGGCGGACGCGGAUGAAAGGCGGUCGACGUCGACACGGCGCGCGCAGACACGACCGACGCGAACGCCUUGUGGUGGUGCGGCGCCGACGCGGGCGGGCUUCUGCUGACUGUUGCUGCCGCUGUCGGCGCCGUGGGUGAGGUCGCCGCCGAAGACGUGACGGGGUACUCGAACUGGCCGAGCUCUGUCGUCGGGGUCGAUGUCAGUGGCGGGACGUAAGUGUCGAACGUGACGUCCUGCUGCCCGAGGACGAGGGCUGCGGGGGCUGUCGAACGCUUCACCACAGCCGCCGCUGGCGAUAACGGCACAGGCUGCUGGCGCGCACGUCCGGCGGCGGCGGCGAUGGCGAUCGGCUGCGAAGCUGGCACCUUGACUUCGUCUGCGGGCGAGGUGGACUCGUCGUCGCCGCGGUCACUGUUGUCCGCGGCGAGCGAGAAGGACAUGUGCUGCGUCACGUCGAGAUCGGGCGUGAGCAGGGGGUACGGGCUCGACGAGUGCGAGCUGCUGCGGCGCGAGCGGGGCCGCAGGGCUGACUCGCCGUCGUCGUCGGGCCUCGCUGGCGGCGUAGGGAGCGCGGGAAGCGACGGCAUGCGGCUGUACGCGGCUGCGACGGCUGCUGCACCGGGUGUCUUGGGGUCGGGGUCGGGAGUGAGAUCUGGUGGCGUGGGAUACCAGUCCAUGCUGCUGCUGCUGCGUGGCCUUAUAUGCAGUGGGGUAGUGGCCAACGACAGACGUCUACACCAACGAGAGACGACGACGAGUCGCGCGCGGCGGUGGGAAGAUGUGCGCGCGCGUGUGUGUGUGCGUGUGAUGAGAAGGCGGCCGUGGCUGAUCCGGUAUGGAAAGAGCUUUCGCGGCGGCCAGGGGGGGCACGACGAGGACUGUCUUGUCAAAUGUCAGUUGACAACAAGGGCAAACGAGUGGUUGUCGCAAGGCAAGGGGGCUGCUGGUGCAUGUAGCUGCGAGCAGCGCCUGCAACGAAACGCCCGAGUAGGAGGCUGCGCGGUGGCCGUUCGUGGGCGCCAAGCAAGCCACAAGACUUGGGACCAAACUCACGGUUGCCCGCGGCCUCUGCGUGUAGGUAGGUAUGGUAUUCUGCCGCCCCGAGUCGUCGUCGUCGUCGCCCAGUCGUGCGUGCCGCGGGCGUGCUGCUUGCUGCUGCUACGGUGCCGUGCCUCGCUCAGCUCUCGUCGUCUGGAAUUGGCUGCGCUGGGAUGCCGGGAUCUCGUUGAUCCGUUCCUUUGGGCCUCGGAAACAAAAACAAAGUGGGCGAGCAGGCGGACACGGGUCAAAGGACACUCCGGCGGCUGCACAACGAAUAAGUAGUCAACGCUGCCGUCGUCGAGUCGUCGUCGUCGUCUUCGUCGUGGGCAAGCUAGCCGGCCGAGGCGACAGCGACCACACCGAGCAAAGAGCACGAGCACGCCAAUGCCGAGUCGGAGGGCGUCCGUGCAGGGGCGGCGGGUCCGAGCGAGCGGGGCGUGGGGGAGUGAGCGGGGUGGCUCGGAGUGUUGGGUGCGGUGCGCCAGCUGCAGCUGGCGGGGCAAAAAGUGAAUCAGUGGCAAGGUGGUGUCGAGAAACG